UCUGCUUUCUCCACUGUGGAACAAACAUGGCCGUGCAUGCCUUCGUUGUUGUGUAGUUUUUUAAGAAAAACAAGAAAAAAUGAGCUUCUCAUGCCAUCCAGGAAAUUUUUGUCUCCCCAUCGAAGAACCUCCCAAGUUCAACAGUUUUUGAAAACCAAGGGGUCGCUCCUAAAUCAAACGAUCUAAUUAAUUUUGGACAGCUAGCUAGGUAGCAGCUGAGCUGUCAGCGUUAUCGGAACGCAUAAUAUAUAGCCAACGUUGCCUACAGCUAAGAUUGAACAAUGUGAUUUUGGUCCGUGAUAUAGAAUGUUUAAUAUAGAUACAUGUUUUUUUGUAUUGGUUGGUUAGCUAAACCUACUAAUUAAACCCUGGAAAUUGGGGAGAGUUUAUUGCUAACGUACCUUGGCUUGAUAGCUAACUAAAUAGCCAGCUACUAAUCGGCUAGCAUAAGCCGGCGAUACAAGAAACGAAGUUACCCUAAAUUGAAUGUCAUUUGGAUGAAUGUACACAAAAUCAAUGAAGUGAUUUGAACUGAAGCAGCCUCGGUGUGCCCUGCACCCUGCUCCCAUCAGCCCAGCUUGGCCCUGAGUGAUGACCUCACAGCAGCAUCCUCUCCCCCAAGCUAACACCAGCCCUCGCUUGCUCAUCACCAGAAACCUGUCCGGCAGUCAGGGCAGGUCGCCCACUCGGCCAUUGGACUCUACCCCAGGCGGCUCCGCGGGAUCUGCCACCAACAGAGGUGCCAACAUGGGCGGGAUGGCCUCUUCCCUAUCCCCGGAAAAUUCCCGCGCAACAGGGCCUCAAAGAUCCGGCCCUGUGCCACUGUCGUCAUCGUCAUCGUCGCGGAGACGGUCGACAGGUCGGCUGGAGCCCUGGCCCGAGGAGGCAGUGGACAAUGCCUACGGACUGUACUCUCUGCACCGGAUGUUUGACAUAGUGGGGGCCCAGCUGACCCACCGCGACGUGCGGGUGCUCUCGUUCCUGUUCGUGGACGUUAUCGACGAGUACGAGCGAGGGGGCAUCCGCAGCGGGCAGGACUUCCUGCUGGCCCUGGAGCGACAGGGCCGCUGCGACGAGACCAACUUCAGGCACGUGCUCCAGCUGCUCCGCAUCAUCACGCGCCACGACCUGCUGCCCUACGUCACUCUCAGAAAGAGACAGGCUGUUUGCCCAGACCCCGUGGACAAAUACCUGGAGGAAACGUCGGUGCGUUACGUGUCCCCGCGGUGUGGAGGAGAGAGCGGGGGGGCCGCUCCACACAGGAGAGCUGGGUCCCAGCCAGUGAUCUGCUGCUCCCCGUCGGGCCCCCAGGUAUGCCCCCCGAGGGCCAAGCCUGGCCCCUUGCUGCCCAGCCGCAAGAGGAAGAGGACCCACACUGCGGCGGACUGCAGGGAGAAGCAGACCUGUGAUAUCCGGCUUCGGGUUCGAGCCGAGUACUGCCAGCACGAGUCGGCGCUCCAGGGCAACGUCUUCUCCAACAAGCAGGAGGCGCUGGAGAGGCAGUUUGAGCGCUUCAACCAGGCCAACACCAUCCUCAAGUCGCGGGACCUGGGCUCCAUCAUCUGCGACAUCAAGUUCUCCGAGCUGACCUACCUGGACGCCUUCUGGCGCGACUACAUCAACGGCUCCCUGCUGGAGGCGCUGAAGGGCGUCUUCAUCACCGACUCGCUCAAGCAGGCCGUGGGCCACGAGGCCAUCAAGCUGCUGGUCAACGUGGACGAGGAGGACUACCAGGCCGGGAGGCGCAAGCUGCUCCGGAACCUGGCCGCGGGGGGCGGCUCUGCCGGCUCUGCCGGGGCCCGGGAGGCAGCCUCGUAGACGCUCUCCCCCCACCCCCCCACCACCCGGGUGUUUGGCGGGAACGCGGCGCAUGGCAUCGUAAGGAUGUGUGUUCCAAAGCUUGCUGUGGUACUGAGAGGUGAAGGACCGGAGCGCGGGAGCGUCCUACGGAAUGUAUCGUUGAGGGAGGACCGGAGUCACGGGGAGGCGUGUUGUGUUGUUCAUCCGUCGUAAAACACAGGAGGAAACGGCGCGUGGGGACGUGACCCUUCCCUGGUCUCGCGUUCUGAGCUGGGAAAUUUGCAAUCUGGUUUUGUCUGUGACUGACUUUAGCGAGUGGUGCAUUUGGCGCGGCAGGGUGGAGCCAAUUGGAAUUUUGUUUGUGAGGACAUGUAGCUCUUCCACGGUGUCCUGGUACAUUGUAAACUGACUGAGCAUGCAGAAUAUAUGGGGCGUGUGUGUGUGUGUGUGUGAGAGAAAGAGAGCGAGCGAGCGAGUGAGUGAAUGAGUGUGUGUGAGAGAGAGAACAGAAAAGGAUGAGAGAAAUUUGGACUUGCUGGUGAGGAGUCACCAGAAAUGUUUGUGGAGAGAGUGGCUCAGACUAUUUCGAGCUCACUUUAAAUUCUGUAAAAUCUGUGGAGCGUGAGCAGGUUCUGAAUGCCUUUUUUCGUGUGUUUAGCGGAGAGUGGAAUUGGCUGCAUUCCGGCCGCCAUUGUAUUUCAUUUAAGCGUUUAAUUUGGACGUACCCGAGAACGAAAGGGAUGGUGCUGUGUUCAGUAGCUGCGCUGAAAGGCCAGUGGAGGAAGUUCUCAUACAACGUUUCCAUUGGAAACACCUGUCCAUUGAGUCAUGUAUGUCUAACCUCCCAGAAUCACAUGGAACUGAACACGCGCGGCCUCCUUGUACGACGUGAACACAUUCUAAUUAUGUCCAGGGUAUCAUUUACUCUAAGCAUUACUGAAACAAGUGCAGGAAUCCCAGCAGGUUUUUCGGAUUUGUCGAUGUGUAUGUGGCGGCAAAUAUUUUAUUUUGUUUUAAUUUAUAUGUUUGUGAGACUAAUUAUUAUGUUGACGGUAUUUUUGUGUGGGGUUCUUCCAAGACGACGUUUAAAUGUCGGUUGGCUUCCAGGUAAAAGCAGGUUGGAUGCGGCCACGAGACUCAACAUUAGAUUGUCUGUUUUUUUCCUUAACGGAUUAAAAUGAGUUACAACGCAGAUAUCUAUUACAUAUGUUGUAUAUUAUGAAUUUUAGUUUGUUAGGGCCUGUUUGAGUUUUAAUGGAUUAAAUCAGAGUGCAUUUGCAGUUCCAUUGGAGUGAGGUCUAUAAAUAACACUGUAUUAUACUGUUGAAUAAUGUUGGUGCUUGACUGGAUGAAUACAUCCAGUCAUUUUCCAAGCUCCAUUAGGCCUUAGUGUGUCCACCUUUAGAGCUUGAAGAGAAGUAUGGUUGAACAUGCUUAAUAAAUUGGAUUCUUCAUUGAGUAAAUUCAGUAAUUUGUCUCUCUCUGAAGGUGGAGCCAUAAUAGAGACUUAAUGGAGCGGAGCUGAAAAAUAUUAAACGACACGAGGAGGACUUUCAUUUUACCCAGACAUUUAUGUUCAAAGAGGAUCUAUGACAAAGCAGAUAUGAAGACCAGACAAAGAUGGCCACUCCUCGUCAUCUCUGGCUGGUUUUGCAAAUGUAAAUAUGUUCAAAAGGUGUUUAUCAUUUUUUUCAUACCUUUUCUUUUUUAUGUCCUUUGUUGCCAAAGCAAUCACAGGUGUGCUGGAGGAGUGGAGCUGUUAAUGGUUUAUCGAAAGGCACAUAUUCUCUAGUCUGAGACACACAAAACAGGUGGACAUACUCAUUUUGGGGAUCUGUGCAGAGCACUUUAUUUUUAUACCAAGUCCACUUAAAAAAAAUAACCUGUAUGUAAUCCUCCUAUCUGUUUCGGUUCUGCACACUUUUCCGUAAAUAAACAAAAUACCACCUCAAGAUUACCGGCCUUACCACUAAAAUGGUUUUCAUUUUUAAUCUUUUUUUUUUUUUUUUUGGUUUUUGACCAAGAGGAUGAUUGUGUGCAGUGUGCGUAUUUGUACCUGUAUAUUAAUUGAUAAUUAAAUUCAGUGUCAGUACAACUCAAAGAAAUGUAUUCUCAAAAACUAAAUAAAAUUGGUGGAUAAUAAU